GAUGCCCUUCGGAGAGCAAUUCCUAUAUCCAAAUGAGCAGAAAAUGGUCUUUGGCUUAACGGCUGUGACUCUGAUGUUCCCUCCGGGCAGGGAUUCACCUGUGUUUUCCCUGCAGGAUGUUGGCCUCGAGGGCGUUCAGCCUCGUCGGCAGGAGAGCCAUUUCCACUUCCAUCUGCAUGAGAGGACACGGGCAGGCUGGUGUGGUGAAAGCCGAGGACUUCAGCCUUCCAGCAUACUAUGAUCGCCGGGAUGUCCCCCUGCCUGAAGUGGCCUUUGUGAGGGACCUCUCUGCCCAGCAGAAGGCCCUGAAAGAAAAGGAAAAGGCCUCGUGGACUGCUCUGUCUCUCGACGAGAAAGUUGAAUUGUAUCGUAUCAAGUUCAAUGAGAGCUAUGCAGAAAUGAACAGAGGAUCGAAUGAGUGGAAGACCGUCCUUGGUGGAGUGUUCUUCUUUCUUGGCUUAACUGGGCUCUUCCUUGUCUGGCAGAAAAUGUAUAUGUAUGGCCCUAUCCCGCACACCUUCUCCGACGAGUGGUUGUCCAUGCAGACGAAGAGAAUGUUGGACAUGCGGAUUAAUCCCGUUGAGGGCAUCUCUUCCCAGUGGGAUUUUGAGAAGAACGAGUGGAAAAAAUGAAGCAACUCAGGGGWACCUGCCCUGCUUGAAUAUGAAAUGAUUCCAUCACCCGCGUGUGACCUCGUUGCUUAUGUACUGGAACAACCUCCACCUAAAUAGAUGCUAAUAAAUGUCUGGUUAACUUGAAAGUUUGCUUUUAUUGGUCUUCAAAUGCUUCUGUUGUGAUUGUAAAGUGUGGUGCAGUUUUGCUGAAGAGCAUUUGUUUUAUAUAUUUUUUU